AGGCCGCUGCGCCCCGGUUCCGGUUCCGGCCGUGUCGUGCAGCCGCCGGGAUGAUCAACGCCAUCCUGGUGUUCAACAACCACGGCAAGCCGCGGCUCGUCCGUUUCUACCGGCACCUGGCGGAGGAGGCGCAGCAGCAGAUCCUCCGCGACGCUUUCCAUAUGGUGCUGCGGCGCGACGAGCACGUCUGCAACUUCCUGGAGUGCGGCAGUCUGUUCGGCAGCCCUGACUGCAAGCUCAUCUACCGGCACUACGCCACGCUGUACUUCGUGUUCUGCGUGGACUCCUCCGAGAGCGAGUUGGGCAUCCUGGAUCUCAUCCAGGUGUUUGUGGAGACAUUGGACAAGUGCUUUGAGAACGUCUGCGAACUGGAUCUCAUCUUCCACAUGGACAAGGUGCACUACAUCCUGCAGGAGGUGGUGAUCGGUGGGAUGGUGCUGGAGACCAGCAUGAAUGAGAUCGUGGCACAGGCGGAAGCGCAGAGCAAGCUGGAGAAGGCAGAGGGGGGGCUCUCGGCUGCGCCAUCCCGCGCCGUCUCAGCCGUGAAGAACAUCAACCUGCCGGAGAUCCCACGCAACAUCAGCAUCGGGGACAUCAACAUCAAAGUGCCCAACCUGUCGCAGUUCAUGUGAGCGUCCCGGCGUGGGGGGCCGGAGCUGGGGCUGACUCUGCUUGGGAUUCCUCGGUGUGGAAAUGUGGCUGUGGCGCAGCCGUGGUGGUGCUGCUCCUCCAUCCUCCCGGCGUGGGGCUCGCUCUGCCCGCCUGUGUUCCCUGCCCACACUGCUCCUGUUGGGGCCCUGAGAGAUUGGCGCUGGUGUCACGGGGCAGGGCAGCGGGGUGUGAGCUGCUGGGAGCUGCCAGUGUACCCUGCUGUGCCAGGAAGACGUGGAUGUGAGCAGCGAGCGUGUCCUGUUCCAAAUAAACCACUGUGUGAACCCGUC